AAGCCACAGUUCACAGAGGGAGAGAGAAUCACUCCUACUCUUUCUUUCCUCUCCAAAGGCGGCGCAGCUGCCCGCUUUCUCCGGCCAUGGCUGCCGCCGCCGUCGUCCUCAGUUCUCCCUUCCCCUCCCGCAACAUCACCACCAUUGCCCUAAUCCCACCACCAUCUUCGACCUCUCUUCCAUUCCCUCCCCUCAAGCACACGAUCAAUCCCCUCCGGUGCAGUCUUGCUGUUUCUCCUCUUGCUUCCCCUCUUGAACCCCUGCUAGAUGAGAAGGAGAUCCAAGCUCUACUCCGACACCACCCACAGCUCCACUCCGCACCACCGGAAUUCCUCCGCCACCGCAUCACUUCUUUGCAAUCACUCGGCAUCACCGGCUUCACUCUCCGCCGUGCCAUCACCAAGUGCCCGGAGAUCCUCACAUCGCUUAAGCUCGACCAAUUCCUCGACUUCAUCCAUGGCAACCUGAAAGACGUCAAGCCCGCGAAGAUUGAACGUCUCCUCGGCUGCGCCAUUCAUUCCCAUUUCUUCGCCGGCUUUACCAUCCGAAUCAAGCUGCUCCUUGAGCACGGAAUCCCUCAAGAGAAGCUUGCCCAUAUCAUCAACAAUAUCAAUGCCCAGAAGGUGUUUGCUGAAAAGUCCGUGGAUGAAAUCAAGAAUAUGCUCGCUUUCCUGGAUCGCUUCGGCGGGCCAGCCCUCUGCCUCCGCCGCCCGGCCCUCCUGAAUCUAGAUUUGAAUGAGCAGAUGAUCCCCAGAUACGAGUUCCUCGUAGAGAUUGCCGGAGGAGACGAAGACACGGCUGGGCUCCUUAUCCGUAAGGUGCCUGCUCUCUUGCUCUACACCGUCGAACAUUUCGGAUCGCACAUGGAUUUCUGGAGAUCUGAAGGCCUCUCAGACGAAGAGGUCCUCAAAAUAGCUCUCAUUUAUCCAAACAUCUUCAGCGCCAGCAGAGAGAGGAAACUGAAGCCGAGAGUGGCGUUCUUAAGGGAAUCCGGCCUCAGCUCCCAGGACAUCUUCAAGUUCCUCUGCAAAGCUCCUCUUUUUCUCACUCUUUCGUUCGAGGACAAUCUCUCGAAGAAGCUCGGGCUAUUGAUAAAGCUCGGAUACAGAGCUCGGACCAGAGAGCUAGUGGUGGCCCUUGGUGCGGUGACGAGGACGAGCUGUGAGAACAUGCAGAUGGUGAUAGGACUCUUCUUCAGCUAUGGGUUGUCCUGCGAGGAUGUGCUGACAAUGAGCAAGAAACACCCACAGGUAUUGCAGUACAGCCAUUUGUCUUUGGAGAAGAAGCUGGAGUUCUUGAUAGAGGACAUGGAGAGAGAGGUUGGGGAGUUGUUGUGUUUCCCUGCAUUCCUGGGAUACAAACUGGAUGAACGGAUCAAGCCUCGGUAUGAGGCUAAGAAGGAGAGCAGAGGGAAGGGGAUGUCCCUCAAUAAGCUCUUGAGUGUCUCAUCCCAGAGGUUUUCCAAGACUGGCAAUAAGCAGAGACAAGAUGGUGAUUGAAGCCUUUUCAGAAUCAACUCAAUUGCAGCACAAAGGAAACAGCUCCACAUAUGGGAGGAUCAGCUUGAUCGAGCAGGUUACUUGCAGCGUAGCACUGGAAAUUAUCUUGUAUCCUGAUGUGGCUCCCUUCUCUGCGCCAUAUCUACCUUCAUGGAUCUCUUCUCAGGCAAUUUGCCUUUUGGAUGUUUUUGGCUCACCCUUGCUACCUUCACUAAGGAGUUUGGCACACCGGCAACAUCCAUGCCUAGUUAGAAGGUAAUGACUAAUGAUAUGGCCAUGGACAACCCCUAAUGAGGUUUCUGUCAGCAAAAUUCCGUCUAGGUCUUCCUCAAUGACUUGUUGUCUUAUAUUUCUUAUUUUCUGCAGUUCCCUUGGCUAGUACUAGUAGCAUGCUGCUAAAAGUUGCCAUACUGUAUAUGUGCCAAUUCCAUAGCUGAUAAAGAACAUACAAGGUUAUGUUUGUAAUUUCAAUAUUUUAUGCAACCUACUUCAUCUGCUGAAUUAUAUA